AUAUAUUACCCUCCUUGUUCCUAGCUUUUUUCUUAUUCUAAGUUUACGAUUGAAACAAAAAGGAUAAUGGCAGCUUCACAUAUGCUGUUUUGUUUUUGGGUUUUAUUGCUGUUUAUGAACAAUGCAGCUGGUGAAACAAGACACUACAAGUUCAAUGUUGAGUACCACAAUGUUACGAGACUAUGCCACACGAGGACGGUUCUGACCGUGAACCGGAAGUUUCCGGGGCCUCGAUUAGUGGCCAGGGAAGGUGAUAGAGUGAUUGUUAAGGUGGUUAAUCAUAUUGCAAAUAAUGUCACCAUUCACUGGCACGGUGUUCGGCAGCUAACGACAGGAUGGUCGGACGGACCGUCUUACAUAACACAAUGUCCUCUACAAGCAAACCAGUCGUACAUUUAUAACUUCACAAUUACAGGACAAAGAGGAACUCUGUGGUGGCAUGCUCAUAUAUCUUGGUUGAGAGUAUCGAUUUAUGGACCGAUAAUUAUACUCCCGAAGCGUAAUGAAUCGUAUCCGUUUGCCAAGCCCGACAAGGAAGUCACCAUCAUGCUUGGAGAGUGGUUCAAUUCGGACCCUGAAGCUAUAAUCAGUCAAGCACUACAAACAGGUGCUGGACCAAAUGUUUCGGAUGCAUAUACUAUCAAUGGCUACCCAGGUCCACUCUACAAUUGUUCUUCUAAAGACACUUAUAAGUUGAAGGUGAAACCGGGAAAGACGUAUCUUCUCCGAUUAAUCAAUGCUGCACUUAAUGAUGAGCUUUUCUUCAGCAUUGCCAAUCACACGGUAACGGUGGUCGAAGGUGAUGCGGUAUAUACCAAACCUUUCGUGACCGACAAGUUACUCAUCACACCGGGCCAAACCACAAAUGUUCUCCUCAAAACCAAACCUGAAUUCCCUAAUGCCACCUUCUUAAUGGCUGCUAGGCCUUACUUUACCGGACAAGGCACCAUCGAUAACUCGACUACUGUCGGGAUUCUCGAAUAUGAACAUCCAUCCCAUCAUAAUCACCAAUCAUCUAAAAAUCUUACCAUAAUUCAACCAGUACUCCCUCCUAUUAAUGCUACGGGAUUUGCAGUAAACUUUACAGGGAAAUUUCGUAGCUUAGGCAAUGCUAAAUACCCUGCUAACGUACCGAAAACCGUCGACAAGAAAUUUUUCUUUACGGUCGGACUCGGGACGAACCCUUGUCCGAAAAACACAACCUGUCAAGGACCUAACAAUUCAAGCAAAUUCGCUGCUUCGGUAAACAAUGUUUCAUUUCAACUCCCAACCAUAGCUAUACUUCAAGCAUAUUACUUCGGACAAAAUGGAGUAUACACUACAGAUUUUCCUACACAACCACUAAUUCCAUUUAAUUACACCGGAACCGCACCGAACAACACUAACGUUAUGAACGGAACACGCGCAGUGGUGCUUCCGUUUAACACAAGUGUCGAGCUAGUGAUGCAAGACACAAGCAUACUUGGUGCAGAGAGUCACCCACUCCAUCUUCAUGGAUACAAUUUCUUCAUCGUUGGACAAGGUUUCGGCAACUAUGAUCCGAAUAAAGACCCUUUGAAAUUCAACCUUGUCGAUCCGAUGGAGAGGAACACGGCUAGUGUACCGGCUGGCGGUUGGCUCGCUAUUCGGUUUUUUGCGGACAAUCCAGGUGCAUGGUUCAUGCAUUGUCACUUAGAUGUUCAUACAAGUUGGGGAUUGAGAAUGACAUGGAUAGUGUUGGAUGGUCCAGGACCAAACCAAAAGUUGCAACCACCACCGUCAGAUCUUCCACAGUGUUGAUUUUGAUGCUUAAAAAGAUAUCAAAGUUGUCUCUCUUUUUCUUUUUUUGUCUUGUUUUGGAGUGAUUCGUUUGAUGUUUGUACAUAUCAUUGAAGAAUGGAUGGAUGGAUGGUUUGAUUGAUCAGUUGAGGGAAUGUAUACAAAGCAAGUUGAGGUGUAAGCAUCUGAUGGAUUUAUCUCAUUUAAUUUAUUAUGUUCUUUUUUUGUU